CCACAUUUGCAGUCAAGUCCCUCAAACAAGAUGCGCAUCCAAGCCCUCGCCCUACUGGCAUUUGCCGCCCCGACACUCGCCCACGGCACCUUCGAGCACGAUGACCUCGAAACACAGCAUCUCAAGCGCGACUUCUAUACUAUUGGCCGCCGCAGUCUCGAGUCCUGCGCGGGGUUCCUAAAUUCGGAUGGGACAAAUGAGCGCGCGCACCGUCGCCGCGCCUCCAUCGUAAACCACCACCGCCGCACCCUCCUACAGAAACGCUCCAUGGUUGAGGUCCUCAACACCUCCCACCUCUAUACAGGCAACGAUAUCGACCCAGACCACCCGGCCUCCGCCUUCGCCCACGAGCACCAUGUCCUCCUCACCCCCUACGGUGACACAGGCCCCUACUACGUCCCCGGCGAGCUCAUCCGCGCCGACGCGCGCGAAGACCAAGAGGGCAUCCCGAUCAUCGUCGAAGCGCAAUUCAUCGACUUCAUCACCUGCAAGCCCAUCCCAGGCAUGUGGUGGGACAUGUGGAACGCUAACGCCACAGGCGUGUACAGCGGUGUGAUCAACGAAGGCAACGGCGACUUCACGGACCACAGCAACGUCAACAACACCUUCCUGCGCGCCGUUCAACUAGCAGAUGAAGACGGGGUGGCACAGAUCAAAACCAUCUUCCCGGGUCACUACACGGGGCGCACGAACCACAUCCACAUCAUUGCGCACACGGAUGUCACCGUGUUGAAGAACGGGACCAUCACGGGCGGCUCGAUCGCCCACACAGGCCAGUUCUUCUUCGACCAGGACCUCAUCGACAAGGUCUCGCAAACUUACCCUUACACCCAGAACCCGUACCAGGUCACCGGCAAUCAGCUCGACGACACCUUCCACCAAGAAACCGCCUACUCGGCCUCGGAUCCGGUCUUUCACUAUGAGUAUCUUGGCGAUAGCAUAGAAGACGGGCUGUUCAUGUGGGUGCGGAUCGGAGUAAAUGCGUCGGCGAACUGGGACGAUGGAGUCGGUGAGCACAGCUUUAUUUAUGGUGCUAAUGGCGGAAAGUACUCAUGUGGCACGGGGAGAAUCGGAGCAAACUAUACGACUGCAGACGAAGACUGCACGGGAAGCACGGUAGUGGGUGACCUGCCGGGGGAGAAUGGGCCCGGCCCAGCGAUAUACUCUGCACCGCCGCCGAGUGCCUGGGAUAAUGAGACGGAUGAGGCGGAACGGUCGGCGGCGAAGAGUUGGUUGGCGGUCGCCAAUGGGUUGGCAACUGCUACGGAGACUCCCACUCCUUAA